GAGAGAUUAAGCUUUCACUUGCCUAAUGAACAAGUUGUUUAUUUUAACGACUUGGAGCCCAUAAAUGAAGUUCUUGAGAAGCCGAGUGUGAAGGAAAACAUGUUUCUUGCUGGGUUCAAAGCAAAUGAGAUAUAUCCUCAAGCAAGAAACUUAACUAAUGCCGAAAUGCCAAUUAAAUUUGUGUGGAAGCCAUCUACUAGAGAGUGGGUGCCAAGGAAGAGAAAUUUUGCUACUGGAAGGCUAUUUUAUGUGCCGCCAGCUUGCGGUGAAUUAUUCUAUCUUAGAUGUCUUUUGAAUGUUGUUCGUGGACCAACAUGUUUCGAAAAUAUAAAGAAGGUUGAUGGUGUCCAAUAUGACACAUUUCGUGAUGCUUGCUAUGCUUUAGGUCUACUGAACGAUGAUAAGGAAUAUAUAGAUGCAAUCAAAGAAGCAAGUUUUUGUGCAACAACACAUUGUUUGCGGAAAUUGUUUGUUGCUCUAUUAAUUGUUGAUUGUUUAAGUAGACCAGAGGAGGUUUGGAAAAAAUGUUGGGUUUUUUUAUCAGAAGAUAUCCUCCACAAACAACGUGUGAUGCUUAAUCAUCCAGAUCUCACGUUGUCAGAUGAAGAAUUGAAGAAUUAUGCUUUGUGUGAAAUUCAAAAGAUGUUACGCAGUUGUGGAAGGAGUUUGGAAGAAUUCCACUGCAUGCCAUGUCCUGAUCAUAGAUUUUUAUCAAAUAAUACCAAUCGAUUGAUAUAUGCUGAGUUGAAGUAUGAUCGAGCCAAAUUGGCAAAGGAGCACGAAGAGUUGUUGGGUAAUCUAACUGUGGAGCAAAGAAAUGUCUAUGAUACAGUAAUGAAUGCGGUUGAUUCAAACAGGGGUGGAGUCUUUUUUGUGUAUGGAUACGGUGGAACUGGAAAAACUUUCGUAUGGACGACUCUUUCUGCUGCCAUACGCUCUAGGGGAGAAAUAGUAUUGAAUGUUGCAUCGAGUGGUAUAGCAUCGUUAUUGCUUCCAGGAGGUCGAACUGCACAUUCUCGGUUCAAAAUUCCAAUUCAUCCCAAUGAAGAUUCUACAUGCAAUAUAAAACAAAGUAGCGCUCUUGCCGAACUUUUGGUCAAAUGCAAGCUUAUAGUUUGGGAUGAAGCUCCAAUGGUGAAUAAACAUUUCUUUGAAGCCUUAGAUAGAAGUCUGCGUGAUAUUUUGCGGUAUCAGAAUCCAAGAAGUUUUGAAUUGCCCUUUGGUGGAAAGAGAGUAGUAUUUGGUGGAGAUUGCAGACAAAUCAUCCUUGUCAUACCUAAAGCAACAAGCAAGAUAUUGUUAAUGCAUCUAUAAAUUUUUCCCAUUUGUGGCAACAUACAAAUGUCAUGCGUUUGACAAAAAAAUUAAG